AUGAGUGAGGCGCCUGCUAUUCCUACGCUUCCGGACGUGUUCGAUCUCGGUCCGUCCGGCUCGCGCUCCGUACCUCGCCGCUUAGCCGAGCCUGUCCCGCGUCUUGGUUCGCCAUUCACAGAGACUCCGCAUAGGCAGCACAAUACAUUCCCGCGUAGCUAUCUGCCAACUGCAAGCAACCCUCAGCCGUUUCAGCAGCGCUUGCGUGAGCUUGUGACCCAGGACCAGGAACUCCAGUAA